AUGGAAGUUCAGUUUAAGUGUUUCUCCUCAGUCGCAGGUUCUGCAAACACAAGGUGUGACUUUGAGGAGGGAUUUUGUGACCUGAUCCAAAACUCGGAGACUCUCUCUGAAUGGACCAGAGUAACUGAGGCUGCAGGACUCAAACAGGACCAUGCAAAUUCCUCAGGAUAUUUUCUGUCCCUUUUACCUGUUGGAGGGAACAGAACCACAGCAGAACUGAAUAGUCCAAUCUUCCUGCCCAGUCAAACAUGUCAGAUGACUUUCUAUCAUUAUGUUGGGGCAACACAUGGGGAUCUUCUGGUCCUGGUUCAACCUCAGUCAGAGGUUCAAAGCACUGAAAUAUGGAAACACUCCACAGAGCUGCAGAUAAAAACAUGGCUGCAAACAACAAUUCACUUUACCAGCAAUGAUAGUUUUCAGGUGGUAAUCCGAGGGGAACUUUCAGCUGACAGCGAAUCCUCAGAGGUCUUAGCUAUUGAUGACUUAUCCUUCAGUCCUGGUUGCAUCACUCUGCCUGAGAGCAGUGUACCUCCUCCAUCUGCCUGCCCUCCUUCAUGGUUCGCCUGUGAUGGAGGGGAGUGUAUCGAGGAGAGCAAAGUGUGUGACUUCACCCCUCAUUGUCCUCAUGGAGAAGAUGAAGCUGGCUGCCCUGCUGAGUGUGACUUUGAGGGUGGCUCUUGUGGCUGGUAUGAGUUCACCCUUGGCGAUGGCUUUGACUGGGUCAGAGGCUCAUCCUUGGAUGUACCUCCAGAUUACUUUGGCCACCCACCAUUAUCGGACCACUCUACUAACAGCACUGAAGGUCAUUUCAUGUUCAUUCUAAAGGACAGCAGCAGUUUGCAUCCAAAAGCUGUUCUUCGAGGACCGUGGUUCCAGCAGUCUGCCUCUGGCUGCACCAUGACCUUGUGGCAUUAUAACUCAGGCAUAUCUGUGGGGGCUACUGGCAUGUACCUUCGAAUCAAAGGUGAUAACAACACCGCCAUAUGGACCACACUGUAUGACCAAGGAAGGCACUGGAACCGGGUCACUGUGCAGCUGGGACGAAUCACUCAACCAUUCCAGAUUACACUGGCUAAAAUCAGCCUCGGCGUGUUUGAUGGCGUCUCGGCUUUUGACGAUGUCACCUUUGAGAACUGUUCAAUGCCGCCGGCUGUGGUAGAGUGCCCUGCACACACACAUUUCCACUGCGUGCACACCAAAGCGUGCGUGGAACGUCUGCAGCUCUGUGACCUUGUGGAUGAUUGUGGGGAUGGAUCAGACGAGGAAGGAUGUUCUCCAGAGCUCCAGUGCAACUUUGAAGAUGGGUUGUGUGGCUGGAAGCAGGAACAGAGUGGAGGUGAUGUCUUUGACUGGACCCGUAUCCACGGCCCAACUCCAACCUUAAAUACAGGCCCUUGGAAGGACCACACAUUGGGCACCAAAUAUGGCCACUAUCUCUACAUCGAGUCAUCUUUACCCCAGGAAUUCAGGGACACUGCUGUGCUGCUGAGUCCGAUAUUCCAACCUACCCACAAGUCUGUUGAAGACACGUCCUGGUCCCAUAGACACUGUGUUUUCCAAUUCCAUUACUGCAUGUUUGGAUCACAUGUGUUCAGCCUUGCAGUGUACUUGAGGACCACAGCUACAGGACGUGGUCCAAUGCUAUGGGCAGGAUAUGGAGACCAAGGAGAUUUUUGGCACAGGAAGACGCUCUACCUCCACAGUGCUCGCCCUUUCCAGAUUUUGAUUGAAGGUACAGUUGGAGAUGAUUUUACGGGAGAUAUUGCCAUUGAUGACCUUUCCUUCCUUCACUGCGAACUCUUUGACGGAGCACUUCCAUCAUUGAUCAACCCUGCAGUUACCCCUCCAUCUACGACUGUUCUGCCCCACAGCUGCCCUGAAGGGCAGUUUGUAUGUGGAACGUAUGGGGAGUGUGUUCCCCUUUGCCAAGUGUGUGACUUUAAAAAAGACUGCUCUGAUGGACUGGAUGAAACAAACUGCGUGCAGGAACAGUGUGAUUUUGAAGGGAGUGACACUUGCGGUUGGAUUAUUAUCAACCCUGCUUUAGUACCAAACCACGCAUUUUACUGGGCAACUGACCAAGGGAAGAACAUCCAUUAUGGAGAGCUUCAUCGUCCCACCAAUGACCAUACUCUCAACAGCCCUGAGGGUUGGUAUAUGUGUGCAGACAGUUCAAAUGGCCACUAUGGUCAAACCACUGACCUCCAGACACCUGUUAUCUCUUCCACUGGGCCACAGUGCACCCUGAUCUUCUGGUACCAUAUGAGUGGAUUCACUGUGGGAUCCUUGCAGGUGCUGCUGAAGCACAGAAAUACCACUCAUGAGGUUUGGUCUCAGACUGGUAACCAAGGCAACAAAUGGAGAAGAGGAGAAGUGUUUUUGGGGAUAUUAAAUGACUUCCAGGUGGUACUCAGAGCAAAGCGAGGGAUCAGCUACAUGGGUGACGUAGUGAUUGAUGAUGUCAGCUUCCUGGACUGCUCCCCUCCUCUCCCACCAGAUAGGCCGUGUACUUCUGAGCAGUAUGAUUGCUCUAAUGGUCACUGCAUUCCUCAGGAAAACUUAUGUGACUUCACCAACCACUGUGGGGACAAUUCAGAUGAGGACCCUUACAUCUGCAAGGGCUUUAGUGGACGCUGCAAUUUUGAGUUUGACCUCUGUUCCUGGCGGCAAUGCCAAGAGGAUGACUUUGACUGGCUGAUCAAAGCAGGCAGCACGCGGACUCUUGGAACCGGGCCCUCCAGUGACCACACACUUAGAGACCCCUCCGGGCACUACCUCUACCUGGAGAGCUCUUUCCCUCAGGCAGUCGGUGACACCGCCCGCAUAAUCGGACCCUUAUUGAGCAGCAGGAGCUCAGAGUGUAAGAUGCGUUUCUACUUUCACAUGUCUGGAGAUGGCAUCGGAACUCUUAGCGUGUUCACCGAAACUGAAGGACACCUUCAUCUCCUGAUGAACCUGACAGGAGAACAGGGCAACUACUGGCAGAUGAAGGAAAUCCCACUGAGCAGCUCCAGAGACUUCCAGGUUGUGUUUGAGGGCAAGGUAGGCCGUAGCGAAAAGGGAGACAUCUGCCUGGAUGACAUCAUAUUCUCUCCAGGAUGCCUCCUAGCCCCCUCAGCUAUAAUAACAGACACCACUUCUCCCCCAGCAGGAUCCUGUCCUUUGGGCUCCAUGCUUUGUGAGAAUGGCAGGUGUUUCAGUCCAGAGCAGAGUUGUGACUUCACAGACCAUUGUGGAGAUGGCACAGAUGAAAAGGAUUGUGGGACUUCCUGCUCUUUCGAGAAGGGUCGCUGUGGCUGGAAAAGCUCGCUGGCGGAUAAUUUUGACUGGAUACUGGGUAUUGGAUCGAUCCAAAGCAUACGGCCUCCAUAUGAUCACACACUAAUGGAUGAAAAUGGUCAUUUUGUCUACUUGGAAGCAACACCAGUGGGACUGAAAGGUGACAAAGCUCAUAUUAAGAGCUCAAUUUGGAAAGAGUCAAGUGCAAUCUGCAAACUCUCUUUCUGGUACUACAUUUCCCAUAUGGCCUCAGGAACCAUCCGGUUACUUAUCAAGACGGAGUACGACCUAAUGGAGGUGUGGAAUAAAACAGGGCAUCAGGGGAACAAAUGGAACCAAGCAGUGGUCCCUCUGAGGAAGCUCAGGAACUUUGAGGUGAUAUUUGAAGGGAUCCGCUUCAGGGACGUGAGCGGCGGAGCUGCACUGGACGACCUGGAGUUCAUUGACUGUGCUCCAAGUGCAGUAGAGUCGGGUAGUUGUCCUGCAGUCUCAGACUUUGUGUGUCUAAGCGGCCACUGCAUUGAGUCCCACUUGGUGUGUGACAACAAGGCCGACUGUGCUGAUGAAUCAGAUGAAAUGGACUGCGGCCACAUACUGGGCUCACCGGGUGCUUGUAAUUUCAACAUGGAAGACAAGUGGGAAGUAAGCUGCCAGCUCUCUCAAGACCCUGAUGAUGACUUUGAUUGGAGGAUCGGUCAAAAGACAGAGACACCAGGAACUGGACCUGACAGUGACCACAGCCCAGGUGGAGGAGGAAACUUCCUGUACAUACACUCAGCCACUCAAAGGGAGGGUGACUUUGCCAAGAUGACAACCAGGAGUACAUUUCCUGCCAGUAUCGGCCUGUGUCAUCUGCGCUUCUGGUUCUUUAUGUACGGCUCUCAGAAGAUGGGAACACUGAAGGUCUAUACUGUUGGAUCCAGUGGUGCACGUCUUCUGAUGUGGGCGACCACUGGAAACCAUGGCAAACAGUGGACCUACGCAAAUGUCAUCCUGUCCAAUCCAGCACCUUUCAGAGUGACCUUCCAGGCAGAGGUGGGUGGAGACAUGUGGACAGACAUCGCCCUGGAUGACAUCUCGUACACUGCAGAGUGUGUGGUCGGAGGACCAGUGACUCCCAAGCCUCCGACCUGUGCUUUAGAUGAGUACCAGUGUGCAUAUUCCUUUCAGUGUAUCCCAGAAAGCUGGCAGUGUGACAAAGAGCCAGAUUGUGCAGAUCAGUCUGAUGAAGAGAAUUGCCCAACCUUCAUACCCGGAACUCUUCCUCCUCAGGAUCUUUGUCCUGCUGGGUUUUAUCAGUGCUCAGAUCAUAGCUGUGUCCCCUCCUUACUGCGCUGCGAUGGAGUCCAGGACUGCCCUGAUGGAGAGGAUGAGUACAGCUGCCCUCUGUUGCAGUGUGAGCUGGGAGAACUGGUGUGUGAAAGUUCGCCUGGCUGUAUCCCAUUACUGAUGCGAUGUGACCACUCUACCGACUGUCUACCGUUCCACUCAGAUGAAUCCAGCUGCUAUGACUGUCCUCCAGGAUUUUGCCUGGCUCAUGGCUCAUGCUAUGUUGGGAAAUUUGGACCAGUUUGCUUAUGUCAACCAGGAUGGACAGGAAACCGUUGCCAUGUGAAGAAGAAACCACACCUCAGUACCCCAUCACCAACAUUAACCGACAUAGCGCCAGAUUCAGCGUACACUGGCAUCACCAUCGGGUUGCUGCUGCUCAUGGCUGGAGUCAGUGUGUGUGUUCUGGCUUUUUGCAAGAAAAAAUACUACCUUAAAAAACCUGACCCGAUGCACUACGGGGUGAUGGAUAAUCCAGAUUUGGACUGGAGAGCAAAGCUCUCAUCAGCGGAUAAAAGGCCAGGCUGCUGUCCUGGCAUUCACCCCAAGAGGAGUGAUGGUCAUGGGCUUUCCAUCAGUGUUUACCCCUGGAGGAGAGAGGUAGAGCAGGACUCAAAUUGGAAAGAUGCCAAAUUGUCCUUCUUCAAUCCAUUGUACAAUUACUCCCCUGAUGCUAAUCCUGCUGACAAAAGCUCUGAAGCAUAACAUUUUUGGACUUUAGAUUACUUUUGUUGGGUAUUUUGCCUUUGUGGAAACAGGAAAUGUGGGGAGUGACAUGCAGAGUUGAUUCAGAGUGGGACAUUUAAGUCCAUGUGGUACACUUGUUAACCAGUCAAGAUUGUGAAGACAUUUAAGGACAACAGAGUUAAUAAAAUUAAUUUUUUUGGGCAGUUUAGUGAAGAAAGUGUGACAAUUAAUGAGUUAAGUGUUACAAUAACACGAAGGGCCUCUAGUUUGUGUGCACAAAGCUGUUUGCCACUGGUUCCUGAUGUGGAAAUGGAGGGUUUAAAGGCCAGGACCCAAAAUGUCCCUAAAACUUGUAAAAUGUUUCUGUGAAAUACAGUUUGUCAGAUCAAACAGUGCAGAGUUCCAAGACAUUUCUCCUAAAAUAAUUCUUGUAAAACCCGCUUAUCCAUCUUUAUGUCCUUCAUUUGAUCUGCAUGUUUUUGUAGAUCACCUUAUAAUGUUGCUAAGAAAUACCCGACAUAAACAAUACAUUUAAUUUAUUUAGUGCACAUGUUUCAUGGCAG